UUUCGAAAAGAUCUUUUAGCGAUCUAAAAGCUGAUGCUGCUUUAAAUUUUUUAAUAUUAAAAAUAAAAAUUUACUAAAUUUAUUUAUUACAAAAAUGAAUGUGGCUGCGUUGUCCUACAUUGUAGUAAUUCAUUAAUUAAAAACUACUCAACGAGCUUUACUAAGAGAACACAUUUUUCAGAAUAAUUUUUAAAGACCUAAUAAAAUCUCUUCAAAAUAAUAUUUAAAAAUUAUCAUUUGUAUGAGAUGCCUUCUAAAAUAGAUUUAGAUUUAGAAUUCUUUCAGUCAUUUAAAUGACAUCUUUUUCGCCGCUAAAAUCCAUGCAUUAAACAUUAAAGAAUUUAUUAAUAUUAUGUUAUAUUCAAGAUUGUCAAACGAACUACUCAAUAUAAAUUUUUGGAGAAUUUUCUUUGAUAAAUAAUAAUGAGUCAAACUUAGACUGACGUGUGAAAAGUAGGAAAGAAGAAAUGCCAUUUUUGGUUAAAGCGACUCUUGGAUUCUUUCUGAUAACGUAAUACUCAUUUAGUAUAUAUUGAAGAGAAGUUGACAAAAGCGACAGACUAAUCGAAAGUUUUUAUCUUGUCAUUUUGUCACCAUAGAGAUUGGAUUAUAAAUCUCUAACAUCGACGUUCCCUGCUGGAACGUUCCUUUCCACUUUAGCGUUUGCUGAAUUGAAGUGACGAUGGUUAAGAUGAAAUUCAAGAUACAUGUUUCGAGUGAGGAGAAUCCAUGGAGCUACAAAGAAGUGCGCAAAGUUAAUAUCGACAGUGAUAUCGCGAGGAAUUUCACGAAUCUGUGUGAGAAGCUGCAAACUAUCAUCUUUCCAGGUCUACAAGGCACGAACUACGGCGUUACCUGGCAAGAUGAAGAGUCUACGAAUAUUACUAUAGCCAAUAAUGAAGAAUGGGAGAUCGCAUUGGAGGAUAUGGCUCGUAUAGCUCAGAAGAAUAAUGCUGACAAAGUCUACAAUCUGUACAUUCGUCUAUCGGAAGAUGCGAUAAAGGCAUGGCCUGGCUGGGGUAAAAGUGACAAGUUCUGACGAAAUAUGAUAGAAUAAGUAAAACAUUAGUUUAGAAAAAAGCUUAAUGCAAACAUUCACAAUUAGCGCACAAAUUAGCACUUUUUUAAAAUUAAGUAUAAUUAAGAAAAAGUGCAAAGUUAAGAAAAAUAUUUAAUUUUUUAAAUU